AUGCCCAAUAUGGACCUGAAGCCACUUGCCUCCGUGGCUCAACGUACAGCGUUGGCCAAUUCAGCAACGGAUAUGGCUGAAGCCGAGGCGGCGCCUGCAAAAGGACUGCGACAUGGACACAGACCGCGAUGGCUUCAUUCCGGCUUUCUCAAGUCACGCGCCUGGUCCGCUGCGACAUGGACCAACCUCCGAAGCAACAAUCUAUGGCGGCGCGUCGUCAAGUAUUCCAUAGCGACGACUCUCACCAUCAUCAUUGUCCUGAUCCCCGAGGUUGUUGUCCUCUUCCCCGGCACUACUUUUCUGGCCCCCUUGACAACCGUCUUCGCCAACCCGGGCCAACGAAUGGGCGCCAUGGUCGAGGGGCUACUCCUGACCCUUGUCGGCGCAACAAUGGGAACGGCGUGGGGCUCGCUCGGUCUCUGGUUAUCGAGCCGGGCCGUCGAUGACAACCUCCAGGCCGCGUUCGCUAUUCGAGCUCUCUUUCUGUUAUGUGCCGUUCUUCAUCACGGAUAUCUUCGCUCGUCCAGCCCGAGGUUGAUCGUCUACGUUCUCUUUCACCUAACUUCCUCCACCAUCAUCCUCAUGGGCCCGUGGCGGGCGCUCACGAGCACCAUCGUCACGUAUGUUGCCUAUCCCAUUUUGAUAGGAAUGGUGGUCACUUUUACGAUCAAUCUUUCCAUCUUUCCGGAGCCUUCCAACGACUUCCUCGCCCACGCCACCAUCGAUGCCAUUGAUCAGACGACGCUGGCCGUGACGCGCUCUACAAACUGGUUCCUCAGCCCUGGGGAUGGCCCAGACGAACCCCGGAGUAACCACCCGGCCGAAGCCUCGCCGAACACGGCCUGCACCACGAAAACAUUAGUUGGUUCGAGCGCGAAACGACCUUGGUAUCACCAUCUUUGGUCCGGAUUACGGAAUCCCUUGUCCACACCCGGAUCGAGAGCGCCCGUCAUCAGCGCCCCGGCCCAACACAUUGGCCUGGCCGCGCUGACGGCCAGCAAAGCUGCGCUGCGGUCAGGCCUGCAGCGCUGCCGCGCUGGGCAGUCCGAGGUCAACCUCGAGAUUGCCAUCGGCCCCCUGCCGCCCUCCAGCCUCAAACCCAUCACCACGAAAGCCAUGCCUGGUCUCGUACACAAUGCCGUCAUGUUGAUCGGCGCGUGCGAGAACAAAUUUGUCCUCCUAGGCGACGGCGAACCCGACGAUGCCACCGAUACCGAGGACGAGGAUCCAUUCGUGCGGCCGCUCCAGCGCGCCUCGGCCCUCGAAGAGCUUCUGGGCCCUAGAAAGUUCAGAAACCCGACGACGCCGGCCGAGGAAGAUCCUCUCGACGCAUUGGAAUCCGUCAAGCCGCUGCGCGAGCUGGAAGCAGGCGAUCCCGAGGUUCUCGAAGCCAUCAUCAAGCGCAUCCAGCUGCCGACCAAGGACUUUACCGAGGCGCUGCGGCAGGCCGCCCUGACGGUGACGACGAGCCUAGCGUACUGCUACGGCCUUCCGAAGCUGAAGACGGGCAUGCCGACGCCCAAGAGGAUCAUCCUCGAAGAGAUGGACAUCCACAUUGACGCCUUCAUGGACGCCAUUGCCAUCUACGACUUUUGCUCCACGGAGGAGCUCGAGCGCGCGACCACGACCAAGAACGGAGAGACCGAUAUCAUGCCUCGCAUGGAGACGUUUCUCGUAUCGUCCUUCCUGCUGGGCCUGCGGCAGUCGGCCGUGCACAUGCUGCAGCUGCUGCGCUACGCUCGUCUCCUCGUCGAGAAGCGCCAUAGGCGGCACAGGAUCAGCAUCCACUUUCCCGAAUACUUUGGUUGGCGACAGUGGCUGUCUACCGGCGGCGAGAGGGAUGCCAUGGUUCUGCCGCAGACGAUGCGCAAGAAGGGCCGGUCGGGGCGAAUUCCUACACCCAAGGAGGAGAGUAGGAUGGAUGAAGAAGGCACUGUCGAGGAGCUCGACAGGCCUCUCGCACGGCAGAGAGCUGACGUGGAGAGUGUGCCAAACGUACUGGAAGCGAGCUUUCAACACGCAAAGCCGCCAUUUCCGACUCCGCCGACAACAAAUGACGAGGUGAAGAGGAAGAAGAAGGAAAGGCGGCGUGCCGCAGCGUCCGGAGGCAUCAUCAGCCGCAUCCGGGCGCGCGUGGCCGACGUCUACGAGUCACUCCAGAGAUCGGACGAUGCCAUUUAUGCGAUCAAGCUUGCCAUCGCCUUUUUCAUCAUCAGCUGGCCGGGCUUCAUCCCGUCGUGGCACGAGUGGUACGCGAAGGUUCGGGGUGUCUGGGCGCCCCUGCAACUCAUCCUGAUCUUCGAGGUCGUUAUCGGCACAUCGUUUUUCGUCUUCAUCCUCAGAUUGGUAGGUGUCACCUUCGGUUGUGUAAUGGGAUAUGCGGCGUGCGUAGCCGGUGGCAGCCACAGAGCGCCCCUGGUAGUUAUUCUGGUCAUCGGAGUCGUGCCAUCUGUAUACAUCCAGCUCGGCACGAAAUACGUCAAGACGGGCAUGGUGGCAAUCUCCUCCAUGACGGCUGUCGCUUUAAGUAUGUUUCCCUUGCCGAAGUCAGCUAUGUUGACCUGCUCACGAUCUAUAGCAACCGUCAAUGAAAACACCGUGUCACACGUGAACCUCUACACACGAUUAGUGACCUUCUUCAUCGGCUGUUCGGUUGGUCUCCUCGUGGAGCUCAUUCUUUACCCCGCCAGAGCUCGCGACAGGAUGGUAGAGUCCCUCUCAACCUCGAUCAAGCAGAUGAGCAGCAUGCAGACAGCCAUCGCCGUAGGCGUUGACAACCCAAAGAACCUUCAGUUGCGCUCAGACAAGGUUCAGCAGCGCUUCGAGCGGUCUCGGGAGAAGGCACAGGGCGCAUUAUCGGCUGCAGAGACAUUUCUGCCGUUCUGCCUGACGGAGCCACGACUCAAGGGCAGCUUUCGGCAGCUGCAUCCAAUUUACCGGGAGAUCAUCUACGUCCUGCAUCAGAUUGUCGACCGAAUGGACAACAUGCUCCAGCUGCGGCGCGUCUAUGGCAGCUCGGUCCUGGAGGAGCUCAACGCCGAAGUACACGCUUACCGUCGCGCUGUGGCGGCCUCCAUCGCCAUCGCUCUCUUCGUCGUGAACCAGGCGCUGACGACGCGCAUGCCGCUGCCGCAAUUCAUCCCUUCGGCACGCCUGGCGAUGCUACGCCUCAUAAACCGUGUCCGGCAGGCUCUCACCGACAAGGCUGCACAACACAGCGAGAUGGCCACUGCUGCCGGCGGGGCGGGGAAGGGCGGGAUGCGGAAUUACAUGGCAAGCAUGCAAGGUCCCGAGAGGGUACUCAGCGAGGACGAGCGCACGGCACGAGUAGUGACGCAACACAAGUUCCUCAGCUGGAAUGCAAACGCAGCGGGGCUGAUGGAGAUUAUUGAGUACCUUGAAGAGUUGGUGGAAUUAGCAAAGUUGCUAGUGGGAGUCAACGCGUUCAGAAGCGGCAUGUUGGAGAAGCCGACGUUCAAGGAAUAUGCGAAGAACGUCAAGACGAGAGAGGUACCGGUCGAUGAAGACGACGCGGCAGCAGGCGCGUCCUUGACUAAGACCGAGUCACGGAGGUCGGGGACAAGGAUCAAGAGGCCUGGAACGGGGCUGCCCGGGCUGGCCAGACAGAACACGGGACAGGCAACAGCAGAGGUCGGACAGAGGCCAGAUACGGGUCUGUCCAGGCCAGACACGGCCCGGCCAGAUACCGGUUCCCAGAGAUUCGAUCACGGACUGCAGAGACACGAUACGGCGAUGUCCACAGGUCGGCAGGCUGCAGCAGAGCGCGGAGACACAGGCCUACACCUGCAUAGGACCUGGACCAGAGGCAGUCGAGCGCGUUCAGACAGCCUGGAGACGGCAGUGGAGGGCGAGGCAGAGAUCCCGCUGAGUCUCCGACGUGUGUCUUCCCGGCGCGCAUCGGCACGAAAGCGGCGGCCGACGGUAACGGGAGCGGGGACUUGGCGACGAGACGAUGACAAGGGCAAAGGUAUUGAAGAGGAGGACGAGCGAUAG